AUGAUUCUGUCGUCUUUGAAUCAGUGCAACGCUCGCCUCCUGAGCGUGGGCGGCACUUGCGCCACUGACGCCAACUCCAUCUAUGCCAACAUCCUCGACCCGAAAUUCAGCAAGACCGAGCUCAUCAACCAUGGCGACUACAAGACUCAUUCGCAGCUUGUGUGGGAGAAAGAGCAGGCGCAGGCGGCUGUACACCAUCACUUCUCGUAA